UAGUUGCUUAAAGAAGAAUAUAAUCACUCGUUGGUAUAAAAAAUAGUUGAUUGUGACUUGUGAGGUCCUUGAAGACAUCGUACGUCUAAUGUUAUGAGCACGAAGGCGAAGAGAUGAUCACGCGCUUGUACGGUUAUCAUACGGCACCAAAUUGCAGGGUGGUUUAGUCGACGUUAAGUGUGGGUGGGACUUCCGUAUAACACAGAUCCAGCCGCCCACAGCUGUAACACAAUACUGGAAUCACUGUAUGUUGUCAGGAAAUCAACCGUGAUUCUGAUGAUGGCCAGGUUCCCGCGACGCCUUGAUGCGUGCUUUGUUGAUAUAGUGUCUGGUUUCAUGAAAACAAACAGCUUUGCUGGGUCUUUCGUAGCAGCCGCCGAUGCCCAGUUAAGACACAGAUAUUUCGAUACUACAAUUCUCAUGGCCGCUGCUUAUAAUUAUCAGAACACCGAAUGAAUGCUGUUAUUUUAAAGCAUUUGUUUAUGAUAAUUUAAGGUAGAGCCGUUCAACAUGUCGGAGAUUGUUCCGACCCAUGUUGCCACCUUCGCCAGCGCAUGGAAUCUGGCCGUGUAUAAUCCGCUCAAUUCGACAUGGGACGUCGGCGAUCUGGGGAACUCAAGUGCCAAGGUGGUAUACGUAUCGGCAUACCCGCACGCGCCGUAUAUAAUCGGUGAACACAACGCCACCUCCGCGCUAACCGGCAUUUUCCUCAGUUCCCUGGACGCCUCGUGCCGUGCACUACACUACCGCUGCCGAAUUUUCCACGCGCACUACAUCUCCACGGCCAACGACAGCCGCAACGGCGUCUUCGGUGACCUAUACUACCAGCGCGCCGAUAUCGCUCUGGCCGCUUUAACCAUGAAUCCCAGCCGCACCCAGACGGCCGACAUGAUCCCCUCGCCCUUCUACCGGCAGUACCAGGUCAUCGUGCAUGAGCGGCAUGCGUUCAUCCAGCGUUCCACGUCUAUUUUUGCCUCAUUGUCGCGUUUGUUUGACCCGCUGGUGUGGCUGCUGAUGGGGGUUAUGUUUGUCGUGGUGCUCCUUUUGCUCAUCCUGAUGGGUAUUGCUUCCGGUCGGUUGUUUGGACCGCGACGGCGCUGGCGCCGCGAUGUGCAGAUGUGGUCGUUCAAGAUGCUGGAAGCGGUGCUCGGGUUCGGGGGCGUGGAAAUGCCGCACUGGUACCGCUGGUUAAUGGCGCAUUCCUUCGUCACGAUGAUCUGGAUGCUAUGGACCGUCAUCAUUAUCGGCAUCAUAUCGUCCCAGUUGCUGUCCAUCCUGGCCGCCGGACGUAUACGCCGGCUGCCCUUUAACUCGCUCAUCCAGCUGCUGGAGUCCAAUUUCACGGUUUACGGCACCGGCAAUAUGAAACUGACUUUUAGCCUUGAUCCCAAACAAAGUAUGCUGCAGUUGAGCCAACGGUUGAUCCCCAUCCAAGUGGAUCCCGCGGCCUAUAUUGCGUUUGUUGUCGACGUCCUCACCCGCCAACAGGCGGCGGUCAUUAUUUCCCAAGAUGACCACGUCGAUUUAGCCCAGCACUCCUGCCAUAUCCUCAUCGCGCUCGACGGCAUCACUCCGCAUCCCAUUAGCGCCUUCAUCUUCCCCUUUGGUUCCCCAUUGAAAGCAGUUUUCGAGCAAAAGUACGAUAUUUUGAGGGAAACCGGUAUUCCACAGCAAGAUGAGCGUUUCUUCAGCCAAUUAUACCGCACACCGGGUAUCCAGCGAUGCUUGCCGACUGCACUGCCCACACAAACCACGGCGGCCUUCCGUCCGCUCGGCUGGGAGGAUGUCCGACCCAUUGCCGGCGCCACACUAUUCACCGUCUGCUUCAAUCUCUUAAUCUUCGCUGCAGAAGUUAUUCACUAUAAACUCUGCUACUGGCGACGACAUCCUUAAUUAUCCAUGUACAGCUGAAAUCAUUUAUUCAUUGUUCCUUUCUGCUUGGAAAAUCAGUGUCACGGUUGAUGCCAUUGUCCUAGUUACUCGGGAAACAAGUCAGCGAUACGACGAUGCAACUUAAAAACCGGCUUAACACAGCAAAAAUCAUUAAAA